CGUCGCGCGCGCAUGCGUACAUACAGCUGUGUUGGGGCGGUCGGUGCUGGGGAGGGAUUGAAUGCGGCCUCCGGCGCUACGGUAGCCAUGUACCGCUCUAGCAGCGGCCGUUCGAGCCUGUCGUCCUCUAGCCGGUCCAAAGAAAGCAGCAGCUCGGGCUCUCGCAGUUCCCGCUCCGGCACCUCCACGUCAGGCUCGACUCGAGGCCGCAGCCCGCGCCGCUCGCGCUCGCCCUCUCCCCGGGGCCGCCGCCACCGCUCGCCCUCCAGCAGCCGCUCGUCUCGCCGCUCGCCGUCUCCGCGCCGCAGUCGGGUGCGCUCUCCGUCCGGGGGCAGCCGGAGCCGCCGCGGAUCCGAGCAGCGGGACGGCAGCUUGAGCCGGAGACGCUCUCCAGGCCGGCAAUCUCGUUCUCCAGGUCAACACUCUCCAAGUCGACACUCUGAAUCAUCAGUAGAACAGAGUUUGCGGAUCACCGUUGGCAAUGACCACUAUGGCAUUGACACCCCAGAGCAAAGGAGACUGUCUGAUAGACUAGGCUCACCAGUUGAUAGCCUAAGUGAUGUGGAAAGGGAUGACCUGGCUGAAGGUCCAAUAUUUAGCAGAGGCCUUUCACAUCCUCAGAGCCUAGAGCAAUACUCCUCUCAUGAGGACAGUCCUCCUAGUCCUUACAGUAUGAGACACGACGAGGACUAUCGCAGUAGGGAAGUUUUUCUUCACCAGUCAGAGUAUAGCAUGAACUAUGACCAUCUACAGGAUAUAUCGAGAGAACCCGAUAGGGAUGGUGAAUUACUUAGGAAGUCCUUAUAUCAAUCAGAGGAGAGAGGAAGAGAGUCAAAGCGCCUUCGAUAUGACAGAGAGGACAGACUGCUUGCUGUGAAUGUGGAGCAUCAAAGUUUCUUGCCGGGAACACGAAAUUACCGUAAAAGAAGUCUCAGUAGAAGCCCAAGCCCAGUAUAUGAAGACUUCAGGGAGCUUGAAAGUGCUAGGAGAAAAAGAGAAGAGGAGGAGCUGAGCAGAAAUUCCAGUCAAGAUCUUCCUGGCAGUGGCUAUGUGAUCCCUGGCUUGACUAACCCUGUGCAGUCCUCUGAACCUCGUUACCUUUAUAGACCUGAUGAAGCACCAGCAAUGCCAAAAAAAUCAAUCCUAAAGAAACGAGUGGAUGAUUCCUCUGUGCAGCCUGAAGUGUUUUCUAGCAGAUCUGGCUCUGUCAAAGAACUCCCUCUUCAUUCACAUCCUCCUCCUUUGCCCCAGCGUAGCAACACUACUCCUUUUUCAGCUGAAGUGGAAAAUUUCCUCAAACGUUUCAACAAAAAUGCGGUUGCAGAGUCUGCAAACAAGGACUCUCAAGCCAGUGUACAUGACUGGAGACCGUUUUCUGGCCUACAGCAAACUGCUUUCCCCUCUGAACAGAAUUUUGGGAGUUUUUUGAGACAAAAGGACUAUCAGGAGUCUGCAGCAGGGUCUGCAGAUCGGCAAAGUGACUUCCUGCUUCCUCAUGAAAGAGCCAGCCAGGAUGGGAGUGGCUUUUCACGCAUUCUGGGAAUGAUGGCAGAUUCUACUAGUGCUCAAGAGAAGAGAAGACGCAGCUUUCCUGAUAUUGAGGAUGAAGAGAAAUUUCUUUAUGGUGAUGAUGAGGAUGACUCUAAAAUCAACUCACCUUCUACUGAAAACCUAACAUUGAGUGGGAAAGAACCUGUAAGCCAGAAACCAAGUUCCUCAUCUUCUCCUACUCAGUCUGUAAAACCAGACACUUCGGAAGAGUCCAGACCAGAGUAUGAGAAGAUCCAUGAUUUGCUCAAAACUAUUGGUCUUGACAUUGGGGUUGCUGAAAUUGGCAAGCUGGCUGCCCGAACACAGGAACGACUCCAUGGGAAAAAAACAUCACGUUCUCCUGAUUGUCGUUCAGCAGUUUCCCAUAAACCAGACUCUAGGGAGAUGCGCCGCAGUCGAAGCAAUACUCGUUCUCCAGAAUCAAACCAGAAGUGCUCUUUGUCACCCUCUGGUUCUUUUUCUUCAUCUAAAGAGCAGUCCUCUGUUUCAGAAUUGGAGCACUCUAAAUGCAAAACACAAGGGCACAAUAAUUCUUCUGGCACGCCAGAGCGAUCUGUUCCCCCAGUAUCUCUAAUUCCAUCUGCACCACCUCUUCCUAAUUUACCACCUACUCCCAACCCCAUGUCUCAGUAUUCGGUAUCACGCUUUUCUCCAUUCACCCAAAACUAUCCAACUCCCACAAUGGCCCCUCCUGGCUAUGAUGCUUAUGGACACUAUAUGGCAUAUGCAGCAUCUGGCUGGCCCAUGUAUGCUCCUUCUCAGCAGUCUGAUCCUGCAAUUUCAGAUGUACAUGGGCUUGUCUCACUAACAGUGCCCCCAAAUCCUACGCGGCCAAACCUCAGAGUUAUUGAGACAGUUUCCACUGGCAAGGGGACUCCCGAAAUCAAGAGAGAUGAGUCUGUGCUUGUGCAAAUCCCCACCACUCCUACUUACUCCAGAUUACUCCCUCAUCUAUCUCAGUCUUCUCUCAGAGGUCCUAUAGAAAGAAUGUCUGAUGAAAAAAAUCGGGCUUCUCAGAAGCAAAAGGUAAUAGAAGAAAGAGAGAAACUGAAGGUUGAACAGGAAGCACGACAGAAGAAACUGCACUAUCUGAGGACUGAGUUGGAUAGACUCUCUAAACAACAAGGAGAGAUGUUACGGAAGAAACGUAGGGAGAAGGAUGGUCAUAAAGAUCCCCUGCUAGUGGAAGUAAAUCGACUACAGGAGAACAUUGCAAAGGAGAUCACACAGCUGCAGAUAGUGACUGAAGCAGCAGAGAAGAAACAGUCUGAGCUUGACAAGGUUGCUCAGAUACUUGGGAUUAACAUUUUUGAGAAAUCCCGGAAACCAUCUGCAGAAAAUAAAGAUUCCACAGAGAAAAACAAGUCAGAGAAUACAAGAAGUCAGGAGAAAACGUCCAGCUCAAACAAGGAUUCAAAAGCAACUAAUGACAAGCCCAGGGGUAGGAGUCCCAAGCCAACAGAAUCAUGUUCACAGCCAUCCAAACUGCAGUUCCAGUUGGGCAGUAUCUAUGACUAUUAUGACACAGGAAACCAUUGGUGCAAGGAUUGCAAUACCAUCUGUGGGACCAUGUUUGAUUUCUUCACACACAUGCAUAAUAAGAAGCAUAGGCAGACCCUGGAUCCAUACAACAGACCAUGGGCUUCAAAGACUCAAAGUGAAACAAAGCAGGACCCCAUGAAACGCAUUGACAAAAUACCUCUUCCUGCAAAAGGUUCUGAAUUUCUGAUCCCAGUUACUGGCUAUUACUGCCAGCUCUGCCAUGAAUUUUUUGGUGACCAGAUAUCUGCAGAACAACACGUGAAAAGUCAUCCACAUAAUGAGAAAUAUAAGAAAUAUGUGGAUGAGAAUCCGCUCUAUGAAGAAAGGAGAAACCUGGACCGUCAAGCAGGAUUGUCUGUGAUUCAAGAAACAGAACGUAGACUGAAACGGAAACAGUGUGAAAAACAGAAAGAGGAUAGAGAUGAAAAGAAUGCAAAAGUGGCAAGAAAAGAGGAAUCAAACCCUACCAAAGAAUUAGGAGAAGAAAGUGAUGAAAAUGAGAUUAAUAAAAGGAAAGAAGAUUCCGAUAGCCAGAAAUUUGGAAUAAAGCUUAAAUUGAAGAAGGAUAACAAAGAGGUUGAGAAAAAGGAAGGGAAGAAAGAGGAAUCCCAAAAGGACUCAAGACAGUCAUCUUUUGGAAAGUUUAGCUGGAGGAAAGCUGAAAAAGAGGAUAAAAAUCCAGGCAAAGAUGUAGCUUCCCCUAAAGAGGAAUGUACUGAGGAAGGCAAAGAUAAAGAAAGCAAGUCUCAAUCUGGAAAAUCAAAUGCAAAGCCUAUUGCAAUUAAGUUGUCUGGGAAAACUGUUAUACCGCACACUAGCCCAUGGACACCAGUUGUUUCAACUUCAUCACAAGCAAAAAUUCGGCCAAAUUUACCAGUUCCUGUAAUGGUUCUCAGGAAGUCUGCAACUGCAACAGUCAGCAAGCCAGCACCAUUAAACACAUUCUUAUCUAUAAAAUCCUCAGGUGCCACUACCAAGCCACUCCCUGUUGUAAAAGAGGGUAAUCCAGAACUUGUUCUCCCUCCAGAUAUUAUUUCAAAGGCAUUUGGAGGAGAAGUAGUCAUUUUAAAGGGCUCCCAGGAUAAUGUAAAAUUACCAGAACAGGCAGAGACUCAGGUACAGGAGGCUGAAAGUGUGACAAAAGCUGUGGAACAGGCAAAGGCUUCAGAACAUGUAAAGGCAAGUAUGGAAAAGGUACAGGAGCAGGCAAUGCUGGUGGCAAAGGCACAAGCAAAAGCACGAGAACUUGCAAUAAUGGCAAAAGAACAAGAGGUUGCAAGACUGCCAAAAAUGCCAGAACAACCUCAUGUUUUUGAACGACCGCAUCGUCGUCCUCCUCUACUCCCACUGCCACCACGACCACCACUAUCAAUGUUACCACCUCGGCCAUCACCACUGCUAUUUCCACCUCCACCUCUGCUGCCACCAAAACAGACACCACUCAUUCUGGCAGAUGACAUGGCUCCAGGUGUAUCUGAGGAUGAUAAAAACAUACUGGCAAUGCCUAUGUGCCCACGACCCUUACCUCCACCAACUGUUUUUAAAGACCAUGCUAAAAAAAUGGAGAAAAAGAAUACAUGCCUGGCUGCAGGUAAUGCUAAAGAUCUUUAUGACAUUUUUUACAACAACAGUGGAAGAAGUCCAGCUGAUAAGCCUGUGAGUUCUGUAGUUUCAGAUAAAGGAAAAUUAAAUCCUGUGGAGAAAGAGAGAAGUACAAACUUAGUGGCAGAUUCUAAACCAGACAUCCAUUCUUCCAUACAAGAAACUCUGCAGAAGGUAGAUAGUUCUUCAGAUGUUAACAAAAUCUCUGUAUCUGAGGGAACCCCAGAAACUGAAGUAGUGAAAGCAGAGGAAGUUUGGGCAGCUUCUGAAGAAAAUUUUGAAAUUGCAACUAGUGUUGAAAGCGAAUCACAGAAAAUCUCUUCGCUAGAUUUACAAAAUACAUCAAAACAUAGGGAAAAAGUACAAUCUAAUGAUCUUCAAUCAAGUGCUUCUGUUUCCCUUCAGAAUGAGCUAGGAAUGGGAACCACUGCUUCAUCAGAAUUCAGUAACAGAUCAUCAGAGGCUGGGAGAGCAGAAUCAACAGUACAGAUACUGAAUAGAAGUGUUCUUCCUUUUGAAGAAGUUAGCAAGAAACCUAAAGAGACUGAAUCUGCAGAGGUAGCCAUGCAGUUGUCAACUCUUCCUUUGCAAGUUGUUAGCAAUAAACUAACACAGUUUGAAAUUUCAGAAUUCACCUUGUCAUUGCCAAAAAGCACUCCUCCUCUGGAAGAAGUUAACAAGAAUCUAUCAGAGUUUCAGACAGCAGUGUUUAUUUCACCUGAUAAUAAAUUAACCUCAUCAUCAUCAGAAGAUAAAACUCUUCCUUUGCAAGAUGUUAGCAAAACCCCCAUAGAGCUUGAGACUACAGUGUUCGCCAUGGGUUUUCCAGAAAGCAGUAUGCCUCCUGUUCAGGAAGAAGUUAGCAGGAAUUCAUCAGAACUUCAGACAGCAGUGGUUACGUCUUCUGAUAACAAAGCAGCCACACCACCAUCAGAAGAUAAAGCUUGUUCUUCACAGGAUGUUAGCAAGAAACCUGUAGAACUUGAGACUGUGGAGUUCAUCAUGGAGUUGCCUCUUCUGGAAGAAGUUAGCAGGAAUCCAUCAGAACUUCAGAAAGUGGUGUCUGAAUCUUCAGAUAAUGAAUUAGCCACAUUUUCAGAAGAUAAAGCUCUUUCUAUGCAAGAUGUUAGCAAGAAACCAGUAGAACCUGAGACUCCAGAGUUCACCGUGGUGUUGCCAACAAGUGGUACUCCUUUUCUGGAGGAAAUUAACAGUUCAUCAGGGCUUCAGACAGCAGUGCUUAUGUCUUCUGAUAAUGAAGCAGCCAUACCCUUGUCAGAAAAUAAAGCUCUUACUUUGCAAGAUGUUAGGAAGAAACCUGUAGAGCUUGAGAUGCCAGAGUUCACUGUGGUGUUGCCAACAAGCAGUACUCCUCUUCUCGAAGAAAUUAACAAUUCAUCAGGCCUUCAGACAGCAGUGUUUAUGUUUUCUGAUAAUGAAGCAGCCAUACCCUUGUCAGAAGAUAAAGCUUUUCUUUUGCAAGAUGUGGACAAGAAAUCUACAGAGUCUGAGACUGCAGCGAUAGCUACGAUGUCAGAAAGAAAGGUUUCUCCAUUUGAAGUAAUUAGCAAGACUGCCUUAGAGCUUCAGACAUCAGAGUUUAAAUUUUCUGACAGUAAGGCAUUAGUUGUACAAUUGUCAGGAGACAGUGUUCCUCCUUUAGACCAUGUUAGCAAGAAGCCAUCAGAAUUUGAAAAAAUAGAACUAGCCAUGCAGUUGCCAGAAAGUAAUUGUGCUCCUUUAGAAGAAGAAAGCAAUGAUACAUUACAGCUUGAGAUAGUUGCACUUAAAACUCUUGAUAAUAAAGAGUUGGCUACACCUUUCCCAGAAAACGAGGGUGACUGUAGUAGGGAAACUCUGGCAAUGAUAGAUGUUGACAUGACAGGUGGUGAGGACAGUAAUCAGAAACCACAAGAUCAGCAGAAAAUGGAGGUUCACUGUGAGAUUGAAAACAGUUUGGAGAUGGAAACAGAUGUGUCUGUUUUAGUAAAGAGAGAUGUAGAGAAGAAACAUGUAGACUUAACUGGAUGCCAGUCUAAAAUUAAUCAGGGAGAUCCAGAGUCUCAGUUAUUUGAAAUGCAGGUUGAAACCCACAAGGGGAAAAGGCCUGUUCCGACAGAAAAGAAACAAAUAAAUGAUAGUUCUGAAUUGACAGUUUCUCCUUGGGUUUCAAACAUAUGUGCUCAGAGUCAGCUGGCUUGGGAGCCAACAGACACAUCUGAAGUAAAUGAAGAAAAUUCUCAAGUAGCAGUGACUGGUCAGGAUAAUUCUAAAGAAUCAUCAGUGGCUUUUAAACUUGAAAAUGGGGGAUUUGACAGGCUUGAGUCGGCAUUCAUUGAAGAAAGUCCUCAAGUUUUGGUGGCCCAGAAUGUGGAUCUAGAAUGGAAAACUUUAAAUAAAAGUGAAUCAGAUGCUUUCUGUACUAACAGUAAGGAAGGGGGGUUGUUGACUAACUCCCAACAAAAACCUGGUAAGGACUUUGAUGUAGUCCAUGUCCCUGAAUCAAGAGAGAUGCCAGUUGAGUGCCUGGUUAAUGUAACAACAAGUAGCAUAGGAGAGGAACAUGAAAUUAGCCAGCAGUCACUGAGUUAUGAAACCAAGGAUCUCCAAGUACAGGGAACUGAAGAUCUGGAAAGCAUCUCUUCUUCAAAUGAUGUAGAACUUGGUUCUGGUGUAGAAUUUAUAUUUGUAAAAGAUGGUACACAAGGGCCUUCUAAAUCUACUAUGGAAUUAGGUGGGGAGAAAGGUUCCAUAGAAAAAGAGAGCUUCAGCAGGAUUCCGCCAGUGACUGUCCAAGAGUCAUUAGAUGUUCUCCCAACAGAAAUCAUUGUUGGGCAUCUGGGAGAGGAAGCCCUUUCUUUCACAGGCAUGAAUUCAGAGGUCCUAAAUACUUCAGCGGCUGGUGACUUUGACUUGCACACAACUUACUCAGAACUUAGUUUUGAUCAAUCGGAAACCCUUACUCUGAAUUUAAAUGUGGAACAUGAGAGAGAUUCUUCAAAAUCUAAUGAAAUAAAGUCUACUGAUCCUUCCAGACUGAAACCGCAUCUAGAAUUAGAAACCAUUGAUUUUAGCUUAGGAGAGAUUAAUGUGGACCGUGAUCACCUGGAUAUCCUGCCCUCUGAAAUUCUAACUGAGGAUUCCAUAGAGAGCCCCAAAUUAGAAACUAUUGCACCAAUUUCUUUAGAGUCUAGCAGAACUAUUGAGUUAGGCAUGAACCAGCCAGGGGUUGAAUCAGAAGUGAUUGAUUUUGCUGCACUAACCGCUGGUGAUCAAGAUGAUAAAAUUCGUUCCUUGGUUUCUGAUGUAGCUGACCCACACAUGGUAUCUUCUACACCAAAUGAUGGCAUUGCAGAAACGGGCCUGCCACUCCUCAAAAUGCAGUGCAUGCUGCCAGUUUCUGAAGCCCUGCUGAAAACAGAUAGUAAAAGCAGCACUUCUGAUAUGCUGUCACCGAGUUGUGAUGGCAAAAGUUUACAGAGCCAAACAGCUCAGUACACGGAACCCUGUCUUCCAGAUCCAAAGGAAACAUUUCUAGAAGUGGGGGGCUUAGGUGACGGUGAAUUGUAUGUUGUCAAGAAUGAGAUGCUGACACUUUCAAAGGGGUUAACAAGGAUGGAGGAGGUAGAAAGUAAUGAUAGCAUGUAUGGGGUUAACAGUAAGUUGUCUUCAGCAGUAACCAAAAGCCCUGAAGAGGAUCUGGUAAGUUCAGGCAAAAUUUAAUUCCAGUGCUUGAGCAGCUGUUCUUGAAGUUUUGUAAAUACUGUUUUAACAUGUUGGACAUUCUGCACCUCGCAGUAGAUAUUAGCUAAAGCUUAAACUUUUUUUGCCUCAAGUAAGUAGAUUGCAUACUGUAUUGCAUUGUAUAAAAUAUUUUCUUAUCAAUCUGUUACCAUUUAGUUACUAUUUCUUGCCACUAAAAUUGAAUUUUACAUUUAUAAUGUCUAUUUGGGCUCUGGUUCAUUUGGAGUUUGUUUACUUUGUUUUUUGCUGUUUUGUUUGCACUUUUCUUUGACUUUUAAUGGUCUCUGAUUUACACAGCUUCUAUAAGUAACAUUCCAGUGCAACACUGACAAGCGCAAGGACAACACUUGAGGGAAGUGGAGACUCUUGCUGGUACAUUAAGCUGAAACUUUGAAAUGUUACGCAUGCUUUGUUGCACCAAAUGUAUGAAGAGAUUGUUCUGCAUUUUUCCAUGUCUUUUGACCUGUAAUUACAUUGUUGAAUUGUUCUCUGUAAUCAAGACUGUAAUGCUAUAUUGUAUAAAAUCUUCUGUGGAUGCCAUCUCACUGAACAAAGGAGGGGGAAAAAAGCUGUCGUCUUUUGGAGAAGAAAACUAUUUGGUAAGGUUGUGACCUAACACCUGGACUCUGAAUAUUGAGGUCACUUACAUGAUUUGAAAUCACAUUUGCUUUCAUUGUAUUGUAUACAGUAACUGUUUGUGUUAAAUCAUUUAGCAGUGCCCAACCCAGAAGAAAUAGAAGAACUGAACUUUGGAUUCACUUCAUGUACAUGCCUGAAUCAUCCCCUGAGCCACAAAAUACUGUUGUGUGAAGGUUUCCACAUACAGCUUCUCAAGAGAAAUGUAGUAAAUGUUUGCUUGGAUAUAUGAAAAGGGUUUUUAUCUGUAAAUCUAAAAUAAACCUAUGAUGAUCAAAGCC